AUGAGACCCCAACCAUGCAUGUACUCCAAACAGUUCAAGAACAGCAUUCAGUUUACUUUGGGUACGUCUUUAGUUGAACUUUUAGGCGAAAAUGGCCCCGAGCUUAAAGGGUUAAACCACCAAAUUUCUUGAAUUGCUGUUUGCUGCACACUUUGUCUCAGAGGAGAGUGAACUUGAAUCUUCCCCCAUUUAAUGCAGCAUCUGGAGUUUUACUCUGAGUCUCUUGAAUGGGGGGUGGUGGAGGGGCAUUUCAUAGGCUAUCAGGAGAUUAUUGUUAUUCAAUUUUCCAAAAAAAAUUUUGAUGUUUUUUCUUUUUGCCCAUAUCAUGCACCAUUAAAUGACAUCUUCAUAUCUUCAUAUUAUUGGUAAAUUACAAAACAAGCCUGCCUGGACGUAUUGAUGAAGUUAUAGGAGUAAAAUAAUAAACAGUGUCUCCAACUGCAUAUAUUAAAGUGGCAAAUGGUAGAACAUGUCCUAUACCAAAAAUAAAUUAAGCAGUCUCCUGGAGGUCCAGUGUCCUGUGUGUUUCAGCUCUCUUGCUACUUCAGCACUCUUCAGUCUGGUGUUGAUGUCUUCAUCAUGCUUGUAAGAAAGCCCAGUAGUGAGCUUUCUUUACAAUCAGGUGUGCAGCAACAGGGAAAGACCUGAAACAUUCAGGAGACUGGGCCUGGAGGACCAGGGUUAAGAAACCCUGGGAUAGACUAUAAGUCAAAUUAAACAUCAUGUAAACAAGCAACCUAGUCUCACAGCAAUUCGUGCCAUGAGUCACAUAAAUUAUUAUUGAAUCAUGUCCAGGAGCACGGUUUGCAUAGUCUGCCCUCAGUAACAUACAAUAUGCCUAGAUGCAUCAGGGGCUAUUAUGGCUGUUUGAGGUCAAAGGUGACAGGUUAAUAAGUAGUAUUACUUUCUCCUCAGGUAAAAUAAUGUUUUUAAUGUUGGCUAACUACUAAGUAGUUUGCUGCAUCAUGACUAGCUAGCAAGUAACUACUUGGUGUCAUUAUUAUCAGCUAGUAAGUAGGUAGUAGCUUCAUUGUAAUACAGAAAGCGCAUGGCUUCUAUUUCCCCACCGAGGCGUUUAUGUAAUACAUUGCAUAUUUUACCUUCCCCACUAACAGUAACUAGCGUGCAGUAUCAAGGCUCUGUUCAGAGGUUCAGGGCCACAUCCGCUAACGUGGUCAAGCAGCAGUGUCCCCUGGCUGGACUGUGGCUGGUAAGAAGCCCUGCUGGUGGCACGGCUGUGGCUGUGGCUGAGCCAGCCGGCCAGGCUGGGCACCCCCCCCCACCCCCAGUGGGAGCUUCACUCCGCGGACCCUCCAGCCUGUGAAUUACUGAACAGAGCCGUGACACGACACACUCGGCAGUGUUAGCAGGCAAAGCCUCAGUCGGUGUGGGCGCAGCAGAAUGGGCGGUAUGGACUGUGAAGAUGGUUAUCGUGGGGACCGCUUCAGUCUGUAAAAGUGUGUGUCAGAGGAAGAAAUGCACAUGCACACCUUUCAUGACUUUACCGGUCCCCACGGAAACCAUGCCCAUCCCCCAUAGUCGCCGUGGGGACCGCUUAAGUCACUAAAACUGUGUACCAGCAUUCACUCCAUUAUGAGGAUGAUUUGGUAUUCGUGGUGGACUGGGCACUCAAAGUGGCUUCAUCAUUCAGUCACUCCGUGGUGCUGAGCUACCAUGGAGCCUCAGCUGCACUGGGGUAGAGUGAUGGAAGGUUGCCAAACUGCUCCAUCAGUUGCUUCAACCACUGCCAACCACUCACUGUUGCACUGCAUCCACCAGGUCUCCUGGUGUUCUCUUGUGGUCUCCCAUCCAGGUACUGACCAGGCCCGACCCCAAUUAGCAGCAGUUCUGAAGCUGGGAAUCCACUUGAAAGUUUAAUGAAAACAGUUUGAUUUUAUUGGGAUUUUUUCCCCAAUGUGACUUCACAAUCAAUUGUAUAUUGGUCUAAUUAUGAAAGAAAAAAAAAAGCUGUAGUAGAUUCAUUUUAAAAUCAACUACAGAGGUAACAGAGGACAUACAGAACAAGAGCGUCAUGGAGUUUUCUGAAAAUAAUUCCACCUGUAAGGAUUUUUUACAAAUCUGGCUGCACAGCUGUGCCUGCAUUGCCUUCAGUUUAAGCAUGUAAUGAUUAAGUAAAUAUAUUACAGUGAAACCACUUGAAAACUCCUCCAGAGGUGCCUGGGAACCUGAAUCUACAACUAAAGAAGGAGAAAUUACUGACAGUUUUGGCUUCUAUAUUCUUUGCUGAAAUACACAAAAGUGACUGAGUUGCACGUGAACGCAUCAUAAAGCCCCGUCAGCUUCAGCAGAUGCCUCGUGGCAGCAGAGGAGAUACACCUUUCCCGACGCGAUCGGUCCCCAUGGUGACCACGCAACGCACGUACUGCGACGUUCAGCCGACGCCCUGACGGCGGGAGCGGAGCCUGGCAGUCCAAGAUGGCGGAAGCAGCGGAGCGCAAGGACCCCUCAGUCAGAGAGAUGGAAACCGAGUAAGUACAAUAAAAUGACAACUUUAGUUUAAAUCACACUGUUAGGAGAUUGGCCAUUGUGUGUAUCUUUUCCCUGUGCGAGUUUUAUUGAUCCAGUGUGGAGAGAAGCACGGCAGGUUAGCUAAUGCUAACGUAAAUAGCAUUACACGUGGCAUGCUGCAGCGUGGUUAAUGAGGAAAGAGCCGACAUGUGGGGUUGAAGUGACGGUAAAGGCUGAUUUUUAACACUGCUACAAACCUGAAGUUGAAGCCUGUCUAAGAGUAAUGCCAAAAAAUAUAGCACUGGAAAUUCACACUACUCCAUUUGCUUUAAUGUGUAAAAAGUUACUUCAAAUUCUCAUUCACAUAUUGGUGCUACAGUAAACUUAACUUUCUUAAUGGAAUUAUUAGUUUUUGUCUGACGACUUGAUUAAUUGUCAAAAAAUCUAAAUUCUUCAAUGUUUACUGACAUGUCAAGCUGCAGCCUCACACUAAUCUGCAGACAGAUAAACAGAAUGCUGGCUUCAAGGGUUCUGUUGCAUCAAAUGUGAGGAAAAAAGAACUUCAAGGAAUAAAUGUCUUCACUGUCACUGGGAGGCUGACAAUAGCUUCACUCUGGCUGCUAAAUCUUUCAUUAAUAAUCUAUAUAAGGGAAGGAGAUCCUUCUGUCGCUGUUUUGGUUUCAGUAUAAAUUCAUCAUCUUCACAGGAGGUAGAAUAUGUAAUUUUUUAAUUGACCAACCUAUUCCACUGAUAAUUGUCAUCACUCACCUGUGAAAUGAUUGAUAUUAUCACCAGGAAUUUGCAGUCAGAGAUUAAAUAUUUCUACUGUAUUAAUUAUUUGUGUUUCUCCUUCUGCAGACAGACAGGACGAUACUCCAGACUGGAGAAACGUUUUCAAGGCCUGAGAGCCCACCACGACAAGUGCUUGGCUAAGCACAUGGAGUACAUGGAGCACCAACACACCCAGGAAUCAAGCUCAGGCUCAACAGAUCCGUGUCUCCCUGAAAGCUCAGCUGGUGGUACCAGUGAUGACAUGGACGUACCUCCUUUGACAAGAUCCGACAGUGUGCUUCUUACCAAAGAAUACCUCAAGCAGACCUCUGGGAAAUCUGAUUCCGAGACCUCCAUCAGCUGCGUUGAAAGCAGCGGUGAUGAAUACAUACCAGCGAAAGAGUCUGCAGACGAAAGUUCAGAGGCACCCAGUCCAUUCAAACUUCCACUGCCAAAAGAUCGUAAGUUCAAGAAAACCCACAGGAGGAGGACAGAAUCCCGGAGUUCUGUACAUGAAGACAAGGAGACAGGAUGUGAAGAAAAUGAUACUGGGCAGGAUAAUGUGACAGUGAUGAGGCUGAAAAAAAAAAGUGAUGGUGCCAGAGUUUAUAGCAAAACUCAUUAUUGCUUGUAUUGUCCCAUCAGUUGUCACAAAAUGUCACGGCACUUAGUCAGAAAGCAUAGCAGCGAACUAGCUGUAGCUACAGCUAUAAGUUUUCCUUUAAAAUCAAAAGAACGAAAAUUGCACUUCGACCUGAUCAGAAACAAAGGGAACCGAAUGCACAACAACGAGGUCCUAAAAAAUGACAGUGGCGUACUGGUCCCGAGUCAGCAAACUGCAGAGCCAGUUUCAAAAAGCGAGUACAUGCAUUGCAUGAAUUGCGAAGCCCUGUUGAAGAGGAAGUCGUUGUGGAGGCACAUUUCCCGAUGCAGGCUUUCACAAAAGUGCAGCACUCCAAAGCCGGGCAGGAGUCGCAUCCAAUCACUUUGUGCCUUUGCACAACCUGUUCCGGAGAGUAUCAGCCGAAAGGUUUGGGAGCUAGUGAGUGCCAUGCACCAAGAUGAAGUCACCAGCAUUGUCAGCAAAGAGAGAUGCAUCAUGAAACUUGCUGAGCAUCUUUAUACUAAACAUGGGCACGACAAAGCCAAACAUGAGUACAUACGACAGAAAAUGCGUGAAGUCGGACGACUUAUCCAGCAGUCACAGAGAAUGGGGAAACUUAAAUGCAUCAAGGACUUCUUUGUGCCCUCCAACUUUAAUCAUGUGAUUGAGGCAGUAAAAGCUGUGGCCGGAUUCAAUGAAGAUACAAACACGUACAAAACUCCAUCGUUGGCUCUGAAGCUGGGCCAUAGUCUGAAGAAGAUUGCAGACAUUCUUGAGUGUGAGGCACAGAUGGCAGAGUCAGACAAUGAAGAGUUUCUCAAUAACCUCAAGAAGACCCGGACCCUUUUGGAUAAAAAGUGGGACGUGUGUGUCUCCUCAGGUGCUCUGCAAACUCUGAGGGAAUCAAAGUGGAACACUCCUCAGCUCCUCCCUUUCACAGAGGAUGUUAAAACCAUGCACAGGCACCUUGAGAAGUGCAGGGAAGAAUACCAAGAACAUCUGAAGAACAGUCCCAACAAGAAGAACUGGACCAGGCUGGCAACAGUGACACUCGCUGAAGUGAUCCUCUUCAACCGCAGGAGGGAGGGCGAAGUGUCCAAAAUGCCACUGAGCGCAUUCACCCUGAGGGACACUUCCAGAGUCCACUCAGAUGUGGCACUGGGACUGUCAAAACUGGAGCAAAAGCUUUGCAAACAUUUUCAAAGAAUUGAAAUCAGAGGGAAAAGAAACAGAAAGGUUCCCGUCCUCCUCACGCCGGAUAUGCUCUCAUCCAUGGAGGUUCUGGUUGAACAUCGUCGGCUCUGUGGUGUGCCAGAUGACAAUUCCUAUUUCUUUGCAAGAUGUGAAGCAAACACUCACCUGAGAGGAUGUGAUGCCAUAAGACGGGUGGCGAAGGAAUGUGGGGCCAAGCAUCCUGACACUUUGUCCUCCACCAAGCUGAGAAAGCAGGUGUCCACACUGUCCACAGUGCUGAACUUGAAAGACAAUGAGAUGGACACCCUGGCAAAUUUUCUGGGCCACGACAUCCGGGUCCACCGACAGUACUACCGACUUCCGGAAGGAACUGUGGAGCUGGCCAAAGUCAGUAAAGUGCUGAUUGCCUUAGAACAAGGCCGUCUGCCUGACUUCACAGGAAAGAGCCUGGAUGAAAUUCAGAUUGAUCCCAAUGAGCAGGUAUGUGAAGCUGAGGACAGCGACCUGUCAGAGACGGAGAGGGAAACACCUUUUUUCUCAUCAGCAGAAUCCUCAAGCUCCAAGGGCAGAUGUCAACCAGAAUCUGACAGUGAUGACGACCUGACAGAAGGACCCUCUGGCCCUGGGAAGAGGCGUCAACCUGAGUCUCAGACUGAUGACUAUGGAGAAGGACCCUCUGGCUCGAAGAAGAGGCGUCAGCCUGAGUCUCACACUGAUGACUAUGAAGGAGGACCCUCUGGCUCGAAGAAGAGGCGUCCGCCUGAGUCUCACAAUGACCCUCAAAUCGAAACCUCAAAGAAAAGAAGCUGGACACUGGCAGAAGUCCGUGCUGUGGAGAAGACGUUGAAACCAUUCAUCGAGUGUGGCAAAGUCCCGGGCAAGUCUGAGUGCACAGCUUGUCUGAAAGCCUCCCCUGACGCCUUAAAGGCUCGGAGCUGGACGGCGGUGAAGUUCUAUGUGAAAAACCGAAUCACUGCUCUAAAACGGCAGAGUGCAAAACGAGUGUAUUAGACAGUGCAGUCCAGAUGUUUUCAUUGUUUCACUUUUUUGAUGUUCUGUUCAGUGACAGUUCUGGAAAAGCCUUUUGUGGAGUUUUUUGUAAUUGCAUUAACAUGGAGGACAACAAUUAAAAGCAGUUUUGAAUGCUAUAAGAAGCCUCUUUUUUAUCUAGUAACACUUCCCUCGAGAUCAGAAUGAUCCCUCUAAUGAUCACAUACAGUGUUGUUUGUUGAAGUUCCAUCACAUCACUGGAGAUCUGAAAAAACUGCUUCUCUCUGUCUCGGUCAGGCUAGCAGACAUAACAUGGCUGAAUGGUCCCCAUCGGGGCCUAAAAGUCUGACUGAGGCAACGGGGGUCCCCACUGGGACAAAAAUUCAGGUUCUGAAUGUGUGUGAGAGUGUUUGAAGUUUCAAGUGAUUUUCAAACUCACAGGAAUUUUAAAAAAAUUUAGGAGUUAUAACGGCGUCUAUACACUCUUCAGAAAGGGUGGAUCCCACGAGGAGCCUCCCUGUCAGUGGAUCCCACGGGGUAAGAAAAACGGGUAUGUGUGUGUGUGUGUGUGUGUGGGUGCAAACUCUGUCCUCUAAUCUCACUUCUUUCUCUCU